ACAUUCGAUGUUUUUGUGUUUAAAUCGUGUUUUAUAUCGGUUAAAAAUGUAUUUAAGGCCCGAAGUGUUAUGACUAUUAGUUUUUUAUUGUUAUUGAAUUAUUUAUUUAUUAAAUUCAGUGGGUUGACGCAGAUUCUGUAUGUAGUUCAAUAUGGCACCGCUGUCACUGAAGAUAAUUGUGGACGAGGGAGCCAUCACACGGACUCUCAUGUUCGAUACAACGACCACCGUGCAGCAGGCGGACCACAUCGUGAAAGAGAAGAUUCUGACAUUGGAUCAGGAUAAAGAAUACGGUUUUUUCCUCACCUCUGCUGACAACGAGUGCUCUGGAGUAUGGUUGGAGGACCACAGAACCCUGGAGUACUAUAUGCUGAGGGAGGGGGACUCCUUGUACUAUCUGGAGAAGGUCAGGAACCUCAGAGUUCGGAUGCUAGACGGUUCCGUAAAAACGAUGCAAGUCGACGAAUCGAAGAAUAUUGGUGACCUGAUGGUGCUUAUUUGUGAGAAAAUAGGUAUCACUAAUCACGAUGAAUACGGCUUGUGUCGUGAAGACCAGGUGGAAGAUGAAAUGAAGCCCAUGACAGGAACGUUGACCCUGAAGAAGAAAUCGCAAAUCCGGGAGAAGGAUGCAAAAUUGGAACAAUUGAGGAAGAAAUUAAAAACUGACGAUAAUGUUCAGUGGCUAGACCAGCACAAAACAUUACGAGAACUACACGUAGACCCAAAGGAAACGCUUCUGUUCAAACGCAGGUUGUUCUACUCCGACCGUAAUGUAGACUCCAGGGAUCCGGUGCAGCUCAACCUGCUUUAUGUCCAGACCAGAGAUGCCAUCUUGGAUGGACGUCAAGUAGUCACUGAGGAUAGAGCCGUUGAGUUCGCUGGUAUCCAAUGCCAAAUACAAUACGAAGACUUCAAUGAAGACAAACAUAAGCCCGGUUUUAUUGAAAACUUAAAAGAAUUCCUCCCAGUCCAGUACAGCACGAGCUGGGGAAUUGAAAAGAGAAUAUUCAAGGAGCACAAAAAGCACCACGGUUUGAGUCCGUUGGAGGCUAAGAAUCUAUACACGAAAACUGCUAGAGAAUUGCCUACUUAUGGCGUCACUUUCUUCUUAGUUAAGGAAAAACAAAAAGGCAAAAAGAAGCUGGUGCCUCGUCUAUUGGGCAUCAACUCGGAGUCAAUUCUGCGGCUGGACGAAGGGACAAAGGAAAUACUCCAAGUGUGGCCUCUCACUCAGGUGAAGAGUUAUAGAGCUGGGAGUGAAUCCUUCACACUGGAUUUUGGAGAUUAUAGUGAAAAAGAAUACGCCGUGAAAACAAACGAUGCCAUGAGAAUCAGGGACAUUCUGCAGGGUUAUAUCGACAUUAUCAAGAAGAGACUUGCUGCUCCAUACAAUGUCACUUACACACAAGGGGAAGCCAUGUGCGAAGACAAUGUGGAAAUAUCCAGAGGAACCAUCAUACAAAACGUUGUUCCCAACAAAGUCGUCGAACAGUCGUUUGUUGGUCCGAGCCGGAUCAUAUCCGUCGAACAAGGACGAAACGCGAGCGGAGGCACGAAAAUCGUCACCGUUCACGAGAUGGUCACCACCACAAGAACUACCAACUCACAGCAAGCAUUUAAAGGUGAAAUCCUGUCCGAGACUCCACAGACCUUUGGCAAGAGAUUGAACCGCAUGAAUUCAUUCUCCGUGAAAACUGUGGUUUUGUUAUCAGAUCCUUCCAAAGAAAAUAUUGAUGAUGUCCACCGCAUCGCAUGUAACAUGGAGAGCGAACUACCAACACUUGUUAAAGGUGUUAGAGAAACGGCCAGAAAUCUAGACGCUGAUAAAUCAAAGAAGCUUCUAGACGAAUUGGACGAAUUGUGCGAUUAUAUUAAUAACUUCUCUAGUUUGGUCAAUGAUCCGAAUUGCGGUUCUCCAGAAAAAGUCUCAGCGGCGAAGGACUAUGCUAUGAAAAUAGCGGAUAUUUCUGCUCAAAUGUACUUAGCUCUAGAUCCUAAGACAAAAGGCAGGGCCCAAUUGAUCAAGAGUUCGCGCAAUAGUUUUAUAGCAGACGAGAAGACAGAAGCUCAUCUCCGUCGGUUGUCCUACAGGACUGCCGCCGAGAUGGCGCAUGAGGCUGUCGAUAAGGCUUACACUGAAUUGGAUACGCAACAUCGAGGACACGUACCAGAUGCGGUCAUAGUUGAGAAUCUAGAGAAGGCCCUAUUUAAUAGAAUCGGUAAACUUAAUGCCGCUGUAGCGUUACUACUGAAUGCUCAUUCAGAUCCAAACAACGUGGACUAUUCAACAGCUGUGACUUGUAUGACAACGAUUAAAGAGUUGAUCCCCGAAAUCAUUCUAGAUGUAAAAACAUUGAAUAGUGGUGAAAAUGAUGAUGCAAGGUUAGCUUUAUCGGAUGAAAUCAAAAAGCUGUUGGAUAGAACUGCAGCGUUGUGCCGACUCACUGGAACUGACGAUACCCAGAAAAUUCAAGACGCUGGUAAAGCAUAUGGUGAUGUAGCAAGAAAGCUUGUUUUUACAUUCAAUCGCGGAGAGAAGAGAAGAUAUGCUAUUGAUAAGGAAAAUGAGAUAAUAGAUCUAGCCAAAGAGGUUGGUGACAAAACAUCACACCUACUCAUGGACGUGAAAGAACUCAAUGGUCUGGCUUCUGAAGACCCUCGAUCUCAAGAAGUGGAUACAGCUGGUGCCAAGUGUUCUGAUGCAGCCAGGGAACUUGUUGUUUGUGCUGAGUUAACGGCACCAUCUAUCCACGAACCGCACUGCCAAAGUGCUCUCACAGCAGCCUGUGAAAACCUCUCAUCUUCAGCACAGCACUUGACAAACACGUACAAGCCAAUAAUAGAUGAUCCUGGACGACAUUACUAUGGAAAGAAGCUGCAUAAUAGAGCUAUGGAGCUGAUGAAGGCGUUGGAGAGGCUGCAAGACGCGUAUUCGAAUCUAGAUAAUAAUAAAAUUAAUCCAGACGGAGACAUUGAUGAAAUCGACCAAGAGAGUCAAAAUCAGAAGCUGAAGUUUAUAGCAACUUUAUCGGGUGCUAAGAAAGCGUUGCAAGAAGCGGAACAGCGCUUGGAAGACGUUAAAAGCAAUGAUACUAAUUAUGCCCCUCUAUCAGAAGCAGGUGUCAACCAACUUCGUAAACAACUGUCUCAGAAAAUAGCUCAACUGAAUGCUGCUAUCGCAUCUCUGACCAAAUCCGUGUCUGAAAAUCCAGAUUAUAAGACAACUGAAGCGGCAAUUAGCACACUAUCUCAACUCACUCCGGAAAUAAUGCGAGAUGCAAAAAUAUUAGAAGCUCACAUGAAUGAUGGAACUCAGCAAGAAAUGUCGCAAAACCUAAGAGCAAUGUUGGAAGCGACCAAAAAUAUUUGCACCAGUGCAGAAAAUAAUAACAACCAGGAUCUCAACGAAGCCACCAUGGAGUUCGCCAAGGCGUCUGGAAAACUAUAUUAUGUUUUCAAUCCUCGUGCUGAUUCGAGAGUAGAAAAUGAGAUAAUAGAUCUAGCCAAAGACGUUGGUGAGAAAGCUUCAUACCUGCUGAUGGACGUUAAUGAACUGAAUGGUGCCAUCGCUGACAACCCUCGGAGUGAUGACCUGGAUGCCGCUGGUGUUCAAUGCUCUGAUGCAGCGAGUGGAUUGGUUUCUUGCGCUGAGUUAGUAGCGCCCACUAUACGCGACGCACGCUGUCAAAGCGCGCUGACAACAGCAUGUGAGAAUCUAGCAUCUACAGCUGACCAACUGGCUCACAGCUACAAAUCCAUCGUAGAUGAGCCUGGACGACAGGAUUAUAGAAGCAAACUACACGAUAGAUUAAUGGAUCUUACCAAAGCUUUAGAAAGAUUGCAGGAUGCAUAUAGCAAUUUACAUGAAAACAAUGAAAUUAACCAAGAUGAUGAAGGAAAUGAUAAUAAACCUGAAAAGUUGAAGUUUAUUGCAUCUCUAUCAGGCGCUAAAAGAGCAUUGCAGGAUGCUGAAAAACAGUUGCAAGAUGGCAAUCGUGAUGAAUUUGCUGGAGAUAAUAUCAAGACAAAAGCAGAUGCUCAAAGAAUUCGCAAGUCAUUGGCAGACAAAAUAGCGCGUCUUAAUGCAGCUAUCGCAUCCCUAUCCGAAGCUGUAUCUGAUAAUCCAGAUUAUAAAGCAACUGAAGCUGCUAUUAGUACCCUCACUCAACUCACUCCAGAAAUAUUGAGAGAUGCAAGAAUGUUGGAAAAUCACUUGGAUGAUGAAACUCAGCAAGGAAUGAUCCAAGACCUUAAAGUCAUGCUAGAAGAGGCCAAAAAUAUUUGCGCAAGCGCAGAAAAUAACGAUAGCCAGGAUCUCAACGAGGCUACAAUGGCAUACGCCAAGUCAUCUGGUAAACUAUAUUAUAUAUUCAAUCCUCGUCGUGAUACAAGAAAAGAAAAUGAGAUCUUAGACCUGGCCAAGGAUGUGGGUGAGAAAGCGUCAUACCUGCUGAUGGAUGUGAAUGAGUUGAACGGUGCCAUCGCUGGAGACCCUCGGAGUGAAGACCUGGACGUUGCUGGAGUCAAAUGCUCUGAUGCUGCUAGCAGACUUGUUUCUUGCGCUGAGUUAAUUGCACCCACUAUACGCGAUGCACGUUGUCAGAACGCGCUCUCAGCAGCUUGUGAAAACCUUGCUUCAUCAGCCCACCAACUAGCUAGCACCUACAAACCCAUAGCAGACGAACCGGGACGACAUGAUUAUAGAAAUAAAUUAAACGACAAAUUCGAGGAUCUUCUCAAAUCCUUGGAAAAAUUGGAAGAAGCAUAUCGCAGUUUAUAUGAUGACAAUGAUGGAAUUGAUGCAAAUGAAUCUGACAUGAUAAAAACACAAAAACAGAAGUUAAAUGCAUCUCUAUCGAGCGCUAAGGAAGCAUUGCAAGAUGCUGAAAAACAACUUCAAGACGUCAACCGUGAUAAGUUUGUUAAAGAUGUACGUAAUACCAAUACAGAAGCCGACGUGCAACGGCUUCGAAAUUCAUUAUCACAGAAAAUUGCACAACUCAAUGCUGCAAUUGCUUCCUUGUCUCGCUCCGUAUCUGAUAACCCAGAUUAUCAAACAACGGAUUCGGCUAUAGGCACAUUAUCUCAAAUUACCCCGGAGAUAAUUCGAGAUGCAAGAAUUUUGGAAUCCUACCUGAGCGAUGGAACGGAAAAAGAAAUGUUAGAAAACCUUAAAGCCAUGGUCGAAGCUACUAAAAAUAUUUGUGCUAGUGCAGAAAACAACAGUAGCAAGGAUCUACAUGAAGCUACGAUGGAAUUUGCAAAAUCUUCUGGAAAAUUAUAUUAUGUAUGUAAUCCUCGUGCUAAUAAUUCGAGAAAAGAAAAAGAGAUCACAAAACUGGCCAAAGAUGUAGGAGACAAAACAACAGUGCUUUUACAAGAAGCUAAACAACUUAUCAAAGUACUGCCCGAUGAAAGGCAAGCUAAAAGGGUAGAAGACGCAAGUGACAAAUGCGCUGAUGCUGCAAAGCAACUGAUUGCAUCUACAGAGAUAACUGCCCCAACGAUCCACGAAGCCCGUUGUCAAGAUACACUAACAACAGCCUGUGAAAAGGUCGCAUCGGUAGUGCAAGACUUGGCGAUCGCUUACAAGCCUUUGGUAGACCAUCCUAGUCGCCAACAAUUUGGAAAAAGAUUAGUUGUUAAGAGCAUGGAUCUCAUUCAUGCUUUGGACAAAUUAAAAGAUGCUUAUUCUAAUGGUAAAUUUGAAGAUGAUAUUCAAACAUCGGAUGAAAAACAUAAGCAAAAACAACAAUUCAAAGACAAUUUGUCAUCCGCUAUACAAGCCUUACUAGAUGCUGAACAGCAGUUGCAAAGUAGUGCUAACUUUGGAGAUAAAACAAGUAGCAAAAUCAAAAAUGAUGAUGACGCAAAGGAUUUGCGGCUAUCUUUAUCUGAAAAAUUGGCGCAAUUGAAUGCGGCAAUCGCUUCACUACUUCGUGCUACCAAUGAUGACAUCGAUUACGACUCAGCGAAUGCUGCUAUAAACACCAUAACACGUCUUACUCCAGAUCUAAUUAAAGAUGCAAAAUACCUUGAAUCACAUCUGGACGACAAAGACCAAGAUAAGAUAUCUGAAAAUAUUAGGGGCAUGUUAGAAGCGAGUAAAGGAUUAGUUUUAUGUGCAGAAGAUAAUAAUUUUAAGCAACUCAAGGAGGUAGCGUACGAUUUUGCCAAUUCAUCUGGAAAGCUGUAUUAUGUCAUUAAUCCUCGUGCAAAUCCAAGACGGGAGAAUCAGAUACUGGAUCUUUCGAGAGGCGCUUGUGAAGAUACAUCUAAAUUACUGAUAAAAGUUUACGAUCUCGCGAAGAAUGUCGGUGGUGAAGAUGGCGCUAAGCUUGACGACGCUGGAACUAAAAUUGUUGAUUCUGCUCAGACAUUCCUUACUGCAGCACUAAUGACCGCACCCACCAUGUAUGAUCCCGAAUGUCAAACAACGAUGAUAUCAUUUACGGAUAAAUUUUCCAACCUGGUCAAAGAUUUAGAGGAUCUCUGGACUCCGUUGGUCGAAGACAAACCAGAUAUCAAAGAUAAUUUAUCCAGGGAGAAAGAUGUAGUGCAAGCUUCCUUGGAAAGAUUGAAAGCUGCUUGUUUAGAUAAUAGUAUGAACGAAAUUAACGCAGAGAAAGAGCAACUUCUUUCAACAGUUGCAGAAGCGAAGGAUAGAAUUAAACAAGCACAAUUUCUGUGCACCAAAGAAAGAUUGAGGGAGUUACCGCCACCACACGUACACGAAUUCUACGCCACGACUGUUUCAAGUGGAUGCAGUAAACAGACAAGCAUCAUGCCUACAAAAAUGCGAUUAUUCGAUAAACUAUCGCACAUGAAUGAGAGUACAGCUUUAUUAGUACAAGCUGUAUCAGAUGAUGAUAGUAAAGAUUAUAAAACAACGGAAGACAUUGUUAAAAAUAUUUCUCAUCUCGUACCUGAUAUUAUACAAGAUGCUCUCUCUAUGCACGAAUAUCUCGCUGAUUCCACAUUACAAGGUGUGAUUGCAGAAGCAAAGUCACUGUGUGAAGCGAGCCAUGACAUAUGUUCCAAUAUUGAAGCCAAAGAUGUUGAGGGACUGAACAAAGCUGCAUCGAAAUACGCAAACUCCUCAGGAAAACUGUUCUGCCUGUUCAGUCAUAAGCCUGAUGUAGACAAGGAGAAUCAGAUAUUGAACCUGGCGCGGUCAGCGUGCGAGAGAGCGUCACUGAUGCUGUCCCGCGUCUCUCGGCUCGCGCAAGCCGUGCCAUCGGCUGAGGCUGAACAGCUGGAUAAAGCGGGAGUGAAGCUGGCUGAUGCUGCGCAAGUGCUACUCACCAAUGCGCAGAUAACAGCUUCCAGUAUUGAAGAUACUCGUUGCCAAUCAGCACUUAAUUCUUCAAUCGAUAGAGUAUCCCGUAUUGCUCAUGAUCUAGGAUCGAUCUGGAAUCCGUUAAUCCAGGAACCACAUCAGCAACUCGGUGAACAACUUAAUAAAGAUCUCCAACAACUGCAAGCCGAACUGGAGAACCUAAAGGGUACAUGCCAAUGUAUUGCAACAAAAACGCCACGACAGUCAUGGGCACAAGAAGAGAUUGUUGAAAUGAACGAUCCUAAAAUACUGGAGAAAACUUCUACAAAAAAAAUGCCCGAGGCCGACACUCAAAUAGUGGAAGAAAUAAUAAUUGAAGAAACUCCCUUACGAGAAUCAGCAUCAGAGAUACUCAACUCUAUCGUGCACGAUAUCAACCAGGGAAAUCUUACACCAGACGAAAGCAAAACGAGGGUAGCUCUUAAAAACAAAUUGGAAGCUGCAAUAAAAGCUUUGGAUGAAGCGAAUGCUCGUUGUAGGCGAGAUCCUAAUGAUUCGAAGAAGCGAGAAGAGUUGGAAAAUGUCAUUUUAAAUCUGCAACACGCGUGCCUUCAAUCAAGACGAAACGGACAAGAGAGCAACAUUGUAGACUUAAUGGACUACGUAAGUGACGUUACCUCCGCUGCUGAUGAAAUAAUGACAGCAACAAUUUCUAUCAAUCCUGACCACGGAAAGAAGGCGCUCAUUGACAUAAGAGACGAAUGUGAAAGAAUAAAAUACAAUGCUGAAGAAUUAUCAAAUCCUCAAGACAUACACACAGACGACAGCGUCAUCGACACCAUGAUGCUGAUUGAAAAAUUUGCCGCGGAUUGUGAUAAUGGUGUGCAUGCUAUAGAAGAAGCAAUUAACAAUUUCCACGACGACAAUUCUAAGAAGAUGCUCAGUGACAAACAUCGUCAAUUGAACAACACCUGCAACCUGCUCAGAUUUGCAACGAAAGGUAGCAUCUCAUCAGCUGCUGCCGCUAAUUAUGAAGAAAAUCUUCAGAAUUUACUCGACACGGAAGAGAAAAUACGUGAUUUUUUGGACGCGCAAAAAGAAUCAGAGGAACAGGAGCAACCUAAUGAAGAUCUUAAAAAAGCACGCAAAGAAGCAGCUAAAGACGCACAAAUAGCCCUCUUCAAAACGGUGGUAGCUGGCAAAGACAACAACUUACCUCAAGUACUGACACAAUAUGCUGUUAAAUUGGAAGCUUCUACACCUAAAGACAGUAGCAGUCGAAGAAAGCUUUCAGAACAUCUCAAUAACUUGUCCAACUUACUAAAGAAGUUAUCGCACACGCGGUCUAGACAAAUUGCAACGUGGCAGGAGGGUGAUAACGAUGACGUCAUCAAUAUUAGUAAAGAAAUUGAACAGGAGCUGAAUUCAUUUGAUCUUGGAGUUGGACAAACAAAACCAGGACUACAGACACUUCAUGAAAUCAAUCUGGACAAUUUGUUCCAACCCAAAAAAAUAUUUGUUUCUGGUGAUGACAAGGAAAUGCAAGCCAAAUUCGACCAGCAAACACAAAAACUGAAUACCCUGAUAGGUGCUGUGGUGGAGUGCUCCCAGAAACCGGAAAAUUUAGCCAGAAAUGUACACAGCGCGGCCACAUCUGCUUCUGAAGUCGCUUCCAUUGCUAAAUCUAUGAAAAAUAAGGACGUAAUUCAAGAAAGUAAAAUCGAAGAAGCUAUAAAAGAACUGAAAAGUUCUACAUAUCAUCUACUGAAGACGUCGGAGUCGACCCAAAACGCAGCUGGCCGGCGAAAAUUGCUGGACGCCUGUCGAGCUCUCAGCGAAACUGUGAACAAACUAGCCCGUUCAGUCUCCCCGCUGCACAAAUGGCAGCGCGACUGUUCAGAGCUCCAGCGCAACCUGCAGCUGCAACAGAGCUUCGUCAGCACCGAUCUGCCUGCGUGCGCGCUCAGCUUUGCGGACUGCGUGGACGCGUUGGUUACGCAGCAGGAUGUUAUACAAAAACUUCAAAGCGAAGACUUAAUGUCUCGCAGUGACUGCAUCACCACGCUACGAUACGUGUCCACUGCCGCAUGCAGCAGUGCCGAGCUUGCUGCGCAUUCUGCAUAUCUCGUAUCAAUUUCCGAAGAUGACAAUGAAGUGGCUAAGAAAGGUCUAGUGGAUACGGACAGACUUACAAACUUAACAGAAAAUAUUGAAGAAGUUGUAUCCAAAAUGAUGUACACAAACGACAUUGGACUGAUGAAGAAUUUAAACACAGCUCUAAGCACACAUGUUCAACAAUACUUAGAAGUUGUUGAAGAUUGUUGCAACAAAGUUAACAAAGAAGACAGCAAUAAAAUUAAGGCACUUUCGAAAGAAGUUACUCCAGCAACGAGUGAACUUCAGCGGUCUAUAUAUUCGACACCUUUUGAGGGUAAAGAUGUACUAGUAAACAGUGCAAGAGUAGUAGAAAGAGUACAAAGGGUCAACUUCACCAUCAACCGCUUGCCCUUACCGAAACGGGACGAUUCGCCAAGCAAACGUCAAGAUGUUAAAGAAAUUGUGGAUAAUGCAAGGAAUUUACUAUCAAACACAUCGGAUCUGGUGAAGCAAGUGUCAUCAUCAGAAGAAGAGGUGAUGACGUGGGUGAUGUACGGUAGAGAUAACGUCAUCAAGGCGUACGAAGCUCUGCUAAAUUGCGUCAGGGAAAAGGGAAUGAAGGCGAAACUUUUACAAUCGGAAGCCACGAAAGAGGAACUCGACGCGCCGCCAAAGAGUAAUCUACAGAAGCAGAUCGAGUUGACGAAUAAGUGGCUACAGAACCCUGGCUGCAAGCCUGAUGUUAAGGCCGCUGCUAUAAAGGCAGCACAGCAUGUCAUCGAAAUGGGAGACAAGAUGUGGGAAGACUUAAAAGACCCCGAGAAAGAAGAAAUGUUACAAGUAGUUACUGAAACAAAACAACUUCUGAAGGAUUGCUCGCAAACAUAUAAUAGCGAAAAAGCCAGUCUCCUUCUCGAGAGACUUCGAGACCUUAGGAAGAUGCUGGAACGCGGUGUCGUCACAAGGGUGGUGGAAGACUUCUUAGAAGAACAGCCCCUCGAAGAUAUCGAAGCUAUCCAUAAAGAGAAAGAUGCGAAGAAACGGGAAUUCCUCUUGGAUAAGAAGAUAGCUGAGCUCCUGGCACAACUGGGUAGGAUCAAACGAACUGCCACAUUUGUGUCGGACACCAGCGCCGCGCCUGUUCGACAGGAACUACUUACUGUCAGUGAUCAGGUAGAGCUUCUGGCACCAUCUUUAGUGAAAGCAGUCCAAGAAACUGUGCGGAAACCAAAUGACGAGGAGGCGAUAGACAACUACAAGAAGCUGAUCCUGCAAUAUGCAGAAUCGUUGAGCCGGGUCCGCGAACUGUGCGACCGGGCCGUCGAUCCCAUGGACUUUGCACAAGCGGCCGGUGAAACAAUGGCGCGUAUCAAAGAAAACUCACAAAAUGAUCCACAGAAAUCACUACACACUACAAGAAUCAUCACCAAGCUAGGAAACCGUGUGGUAGAAGCUGGUAUGUCCAGUCCUAACGUGCAGAAAGAUCCGGAAUUACAGAAGACAUUAGCGGACAUCAAGAAAAGCAUAUCCGCUGCUGCGAGCGCACGCGCAGAUUUGACUACGGAGAUAAUACGGAAGACGGGUGAGAUCGAAUCAGCUCUUGGUGGAGAAACCAUCUUCCAGAAGGAACCGGAACCGGACCAACCUAUCUUUGCUGCUGCACACGGUCUACACGCGGCGGUGCGUGAUUGGUCGGCAAGAGACAACGAGGUGGUCGCCGUCGCCAAGAGAGUGGCGGUGCUUAUGGCGCAACUGUCCCAUCACAUGUAUAACGAUCGCAAACGAGAGCUCAUAGCAACAUCGAAAGCAAUAGUAGCGAAGUCGCAUGAAGUGACCCAGCUUGCGAGGAAGCUGGCCCUGCAGUGUACAGACCUCAGGAUACGUAAUAACCUGCUCCAAUUAUGCGAGAGGAUAAUAACAAUUAGCGGCCAGUUGAAGAUGUUGACCACAGUGAAGGGCUCCUCUUUGGGACAUCAAGGAAGCGAAGAAGACAAAGAGGCAAUGAAUAUGCUCGUUGGAAAUGCACAAAACCUGAUGAUAAGUAUAAGAGAAGUCGUGAAUGGAGCGGAGAGUGCUUCUGUGAAAAUCAUGUCACAGCGGGGACGUCGCAUCAAGUGGGUGCGACGAAAUUAUUAUUAGAUAAUUUUGUUCUUUUAUUUUGUAAUAAGCAGAGAUUUAUAAUACAUAUG